UGUCAGAUGACCAAAAGGCUCCCAGAUGAUUCCGUUUUGGGCUCUCGGAUUUGUUUGUUUAAUUAUUGGCUUCAGCACUGCUCAUGAGCCUGCAGCUGGAGCAAAUGCAGCCUCCAAAAACCACUGUUCCCGAAAAGAUUGCAAUGGAAUACAAUAUGACAUCCAAGAGGCUGCUUGCUGUGAAAACAAACUUCAUCCAGGUUCAAACCUGUUUUGUUGUGGAAAGGAGCCUUACAAUCCUGGUACAGCCACUUGUUGUAAAGUUCAACAUGGAAAGAUCCUCGCAGCCAGUGUUACUCAGGGUCUGAGUGAAAAUGUGUCCAAGUGCUGUGACCUGAAGGCCUACAACCCAGUCAAUGAAAUAUGUUGUCAAUCAACCAUCAUAUCAAAACCUGGACCAAUGGCUGAAUGCUGUGGUAAAGAUGUCUUUGAUAAGGACAAGCAGUUGUGUUGUGGUCCAGCUGAUAAUAAGACAAUUCUGGUGAGGAAUUCCCGUCACCAUGAGUGCUGUGGUCACAGCCAGUACGACACUGAGACUCAGUGCUGCUGUUCAAAUGAGGAGAAGUUGGAGAUACAAUCGAAGGAUUCAUCCUGCUGUGUCAAGAAUUUCACUCCAGGUAUGGAACAGAAGAUAUUCAAGCUCCAACCCAAAUGCACUGAACCGAACACACAUCUCUGUGGGUCGUCGUGUUACAAUCCAAAGCAAAAUCGCUGCUGUGAGAGUAACCACGAGCCUCACUCACUUGACAACUCAGGUCAAAGGAAGGCCACAGCCACAGUGUAUAACCCACAUACUCAGGUCUGCUGUGAUGGACGUGUAUCUCUGUGGAAGCCUUGGAUCGAUCAGUGCUGUGGAGAGACGGCGUAUGGCUCGGCACAACGUGGAGUUCUCUGUUGUAAUAAGACCUUGUACGAGGACAGAGAUGAUGGAGAGGAAUGUUCAGAGAUGGGUAUUCCUUACAACCCAGCUAAAGGGACUAUAUGUUGUUCUCAAUUUCAUGGCAGCCCAGGACAACACUGCUGUGGGACAGAAAUUUACCGGCCUCGUACUGAGAUCUGCUGCAAUGGACACAGACAUCUGACAUCAGGAAACAUUCACUGCUGUGGGGUCAAAGCCUACAACAUUAAAGACCCACAGAUGAAGUGCUGUGCAGGAACACUGUACAAUCUGACAUCAUUAGACAAGCAUGGAGGGGAUGCGCAGUGCUGUGGAUCCAUUCUGCAAAAGCCACAGGAUGUUUGCUGCUCAAGUGAGGACAAAGAGGUGCUCUACUCUGCCAAAAUAGGGUUCAGAUGCUGUGGUCACCUUUACUAUAACACCACCCUGUGGUCAUGCUGUGCUGGGGGGCUGAGAAGAAUCCGUGAACCAGGACAGGAUCAGAGAAAGAUGAUUAAUGGAUCCAGACUUCUAUCUGUGAAUAAUCUGAACAAAAUCGAUCUUUGCAAAGAAAUGCACAUUGGGACUGUGGAAAGUGUGUCGCUGCAGAGCAUUGUGUUCAGGAGUGUGCUGAAGGUCCAUGGGAUGGAGGCCAAAGUGAAAGCUCUGCCUUUCCCUUACAUCCUGGAAAGAGAUGAUCGCUGCAGCUCCCCUAAACUGAUUGCUGGGAAGACCUACUACUUUAACAAAGUUAAUGUUUUCAUUGAUUUCAAUCAUGACUCUGUUCUUCAGUCACUCCAUUUCAUUAUUUGCAAAUGUUCAUCUCAGGUCACCACUAGCUGAUGUAUACAUGGUCAGUGUGGAUCUGUUGCUCCCUUCUUUGAACAAGUUCUCCUUUUUUCACAUAUUUACUCACAGCGUUGGCUUUGUCACACAGAAAAUUAAUUAAUUACACAUCACAUUAUACUGGUUAACAUUAUUUUACAAAGCAAUUUGUUACCAUAUUUAUUACAGAGUACUUGUUGCAUUGCAACCUAAUAUACUAACCCCAAAUUACUCUCUGAUGCACCCAUCACAGUGUGAAUGUUUGCUUGAACUUAAACACAGAAAGAAGUCGUUGUAUGAAUGUGUGAAUGAGGGACGUUGUAUAAAGCGCUUUGAGUGCUCAGGUAGGGUAGAAAAGUGUUAUAUAGAAGAACCUGUCCAUUUAUCAGUAGUAUACAAUACUUCACAUGAUAUGUUGUUUAUACAUUACUCUGCCUAUGUCCAGCCAAACCAUGUUGCUCUGUUGUUUAACACAUCCCAAGAUGUCUUAUCACAGACAGAAUUUAGGUACUUUAAGUAAAGAAAACAAAAAACAGUGUAGCUUUUAACUUCAGUUUUACAGGGAUUCACAUUGUAGUGAUUCACACAACUUGACAUUAAUCAAUACUGUAACACAGUAAGCUGGUGCACAGUGUUGUUUCUCAAAUCUAAAUUUGAACAAAAUCUAAAUGUAACUUUGAUUCUUGCACUGAUCUAAAAUACAAGGGACAACUGUUUGCACAUGUCCUUGAACCAUACAAUUGAAUACUUGUGGUAAAGUCCAUGAUUUACUGUGACUGUUAAUUCUAAUGAAUGAUAAACACUUAGUGCCAAUAUCAUGAAUGCAAAUAUGUUAGAAGGACCCACUAAAAAUUCCAUUAGUUUCUGUUUCUUUGAAUGUGAUUCAUGUAAAAUAUUUGUGGUAAUGGUAAGGAUAGGUAUGGGAAUUUAAGAAUGGUAAGGAAUUUAGUAAGGAUUUGAGGGACAUUUAAGGUAUAAGGAAACAUAAACACUGCCUGUUUGAUUUAGUGACUUUGUUGUUAAUAUAAUUGUUGUUGUUAAUAUAUUGCAUAUAUAUAUUGUAAAUGUUUAAUAUUUGAAUGGACCUAUUAUCCUUUAAGGAUU